AUGUUUGUAUGCAGCAGGAGUCAUGAAUUUCACGAAAGGUUUACCCAACUUCGUUGGCCAUGGGAAGCGAAGCAACAAUGGGAUAAGGAAAAUGCAUGGCCACCAAUGGUUCAUAUGGUUAUUGAGGGUUUUCGUACCACUGGUGAACCGGAUCUCAUGAAGGUCGCUGAAAAAAUGGCAACAUCUUGGCUAGCGGUUACUUACCAAGCUUUUAUCCGAACGCACGCUAUGUUCGAGAAAUAUAAUGUGACAACGCUCACCGAAGAAAUGUCAGCCGGAGGUGGUGGAGAGUACGAAGUUCAGGUAUGA